UGGAGAAAUGCAAAUAUAAGGGCGGAGUAACUAAAAUGUCAGUAGCGUCACGGGCCGCCAGUUUACUCUUCCCGUGUUUCGGUUUCCCUCCCAUAAUCUAGCUGGCCAGUCAAACAAGCAGUCAGGAGUUUGUGAAAGUAACAUGGCGGCGGAGUGGCAGCACCCUGGGUUUAGCUGCCUCUUCCAAACUUGCUUCUGUUUAUUACUGUGGGUUUUGGUGCUUCCUAGGGUCGGAGGAGAGCAAACCGGCAGCAGCACUAGCACAGUCAUCCUGGGCUUCCGGCUGAUAAACAGCAACAAGUCUGUGAACACAGACUCCAAUGGUCUUCUGCAGGUAACGGAAGGCAGCCGAGUUGAGCUAAGACUGUAUGGGCUUCGCAUCACUACAGAAAGCUGGGCUGCCAUCGCAUUCACUGAGCAGGACGAGGUGCAGAACCGAAGUUGUUUAGACCGGACUAAGGAUAUUGUGGUCCAGCAGAAAACCCAUGAUACUAGGGACAACUCUGGAGUUAUCAUCUUGGAUAUAAAGCCUCUAAGAAAAAGUGAGACUUCUAAGCUCUAUCGACUGUGCACCUGUAAUGGGUCUGGUGACAGUUGGGUACUACACAAGGGCAUUGAUGCUCAGAUCUUGGUGGUGGAAGAGAAGAAGCCCUUUCUACCUAUCUGGCUACAAAUCAUUCUUUUGAUUUUGUUACUUACUUUGUCAGGGAUGUUCAGCGGGCUGAACUUAGGACUGAUGGCUUUGGACCCAAUGGAACUGAGGAUUGUGCAGAACUGUGGCACUCUCAGAGAACGUAAGUAUGCUAAGAAGAUUGAACCCAUUAGAAGAAAAGGAAACUAUCUGCUUUGUUCACUACUGCUUGGAAAUGUGCUGGUAAACACCACAUUAACCAUAUUCUUGGAUGACUUGGUAGGUUCAGGCUUAGUGGCUGUGAUUGCAUCUACUGUUGGUAUUGUGAUAUUUGGUGAAAUUGUGCCACAGGCUCUCUGUUCCAGACACGGUUUGGCAGUGGGAGCGAAUACCAUUUGGCUUACAAAAUUUUUUAUGCUGCUUACAUUUCCACUGUCUUACCCCAUAAGCCGGAUUUUAGAUUGCAUUCUUGGACAAGAAAUGGGCACAGUGUAUAACCGGGAAAAGUUGCUAGAAAUGCUGAAAGUGACUGAACCUUUUAAUGACUUGGAGAAGGAAGAGCUUAGGAUGAUACAGGGAGCUUUGGAACUCCGAACAAAAACAGUGGAAGAUAUCAUGACACCUUUGAAUGAUUGCUUCAUGAUUUCCAAUGAUGCUGUCUUGGACUUCAGCACCAUGUCUGAGAUCAUGGAAAGUGGCUACACUAGGAUUCCAGUUUAUGAAAAUGACCGGUCCAAUAUCAUAGAGCUCCUUUAUGUCAAAGACCUGGCUUUUGUGGAUCCAGAUGACUGUACUCCACUUAAGACCAUUACUCGAUUUUACAACCAUCCUGUGCAUUAUGUUUUCCAUGACACUAAGUUGGAUGCAAUGCUGGAGGAGUUUAAGAAAGGAAAAUCUCAUCUGGCAAUAGUGCAAAAAGUAAAUAGUGAGGGUGAAGGCGAUCCCUUCUAUGAGGUCCUAGGUUUGGUAACCUUAGAAGAUGUCAUUGAAGAAAUCAUCAAAUCUGAAAUCCUGGAUGAGUCCGAUUUGUACACAGACAAUCGCAGCAAGAAGAAGGUACCACACCGUGAGAAGAAUAAACGAGACUUCUCAGUUUUCAAACCGGAGAGUGAAAACUUGGUGAAGGUCUCACCUCAGCUGCUGCUGGCUGCUCAUCGUUUUCUAGCUACAGAAGUGAAUCUCUUUUGUUCUCCUCAAAUGUCAGAGAAGAUCCUGCUGCGCCUCUUGAAACACCCUGAAGUCAUCAAGGAGAUCAAGUUCGACACAGAGAACAAGAAGGGAUCUGAACACUAUUUGUACCAGCGUAACAAGCCUGCAGAUUUUUUUAUUUUAAUUUUGCAGGGUAAAGUGGAAGUGGAGGCUGGUAAAGAGAAUAUGAAGUUUGAAACUGGUCCUUUCUCCUUCUAUGGUGUCAUGGCAUUGAGUCCCUCACCAGUGGCAGAUUUCCGUUCUCCAUCUCAUGCAAGUGGAUUAAAUCGUUCUGUCUCGCUUAAUUACCAUGAGCACUGCGAUUCCCUUUCUGCCAUCAGUGGCAGUAAUAGCCAUCUCAGUGGAACAUCCCAACAGUACAUUCCAGAUUUCUGUGUCCGAGCUCUAACUGACCUGCAGUUUAUAAAAAUUACUCGACUUCAGUAUCAGAAUGGAUUGCUGGCCACAAGAAUGGAUAGCAACCCACAGUCUCCAGAACAUGUGCAUAUUGCAGUAGACACCAGUAUAACAGAAAAAAGCGAGCCAGUUCAGGAUGAGAUGACAGGCCUACUCAGUGAUCAGAACUGCGUGAACCGCAAAUCCAAUCACAGCAUACACAGGGAGAAUUCUGUGUGAUGAUAAUUGAUGGGGCAGACCCCAGGUGACAUUGACAUUUUAACAUAAAUAAUUUGUGUAAAAGUCUGCUCUAAGGGGGUACAGAUCAGAAGUUGGGUUAUGUUCUGAUCAUUCCUCUUCCUCUGAUGCGUGUGAACUUGUACUAGUGUUUGCAGGUGGGAAAGCUUUAAGAGUCUGCUAAGUAACACUUCCAUCCUUAUUUAAGCACUUUGAUAUGCAUUGGAGGUGUAUUACUGUAUGCAGUCUCCUGAACUAUGAUCAUGUGACUUUCUGCAAUUGAUUUUUCCCCCCUUUGGGUACCUGUCUUCCAGUUCUCUUUAAGGAGAUUCUCCUAAGUAUGGGAUUUACAGUGUUUUGCCGUGCCACAAUUAAGAAAGAAGAGACUGGAGUUGGCUGCUAGGACCUGCUUUGUGCAGUCACAGGCAUCAAUGCUGCAUUUCUGAAGAUACUUUUUUCUUGAAGCAUGCAGCAAAGAGAGAGAGUCAUAUAUAGCCCCACCAGUCAGUUCACUUUAGCCUUGGAAAGAGUAUCAAGUGGUUUAAUUCAGUAAACAGAAAAUCUUGGUGUUAAUUUUAUUUUUUUACUUCAUUGUGUCUUAUACUGCAUAUGUAAUUUCUAGUUUCAAAAAAGCAGAGGAAGGAGUGAGAUGAAACAUCGUGUUCCUUCUGUGCCCCAGGGACCUGCAUUCAGCCCAUUUCUCAGCUAUACAUAAACAGGACUGCUUAAAAAUAUAUACAGAACUGCAAUUUUAAGUCUUCUUUAGAAGUAUGACCACUAAUUUGAUUGUAAACUCAGCUAUGUAGGUGACUUGUGUCAGCAAUUCAUUGUCUCAGAAACACUAUUUAUAAAAGUUGCCUCAUUUUUUUG